ACCUUUAACCCCCGAAAAGCAGCACGGGAAACCCGUUGAAACGCCAUCUUCCGCAUCUCACACACAGGGUGCACUUAGCGAAUCCGCGGACGGAACAGAAUUCGUCCUUUCCCCCUUUAUUUUAAGUUAGGUAACACACCCCCUGUAGACUUAACAUCAUGGCCGAUAAUGGUGAUCUAAAACCAGAAGAGAUGGAACAAAGCCAGGGAGAUGUCGGGGCUGAAGAGCCCAUGGAGACUGAGUUCGAGAGAACAGACAAGUACGACAGCUUUCUAGGAAUGGGCUUUGAUGAUAAGGUCGCUUCAGAGCUGGACAGGUUCUUUGUCAAAGGAAUCCUUGCUGACGAGGAGCUAGACGAGAGGGCAAUCGAGGCUCUAAAAGAACUUGACGAGACCUCCAAGCUGGGAGUCUUGAAGCAGUUUGGCGAGAGUGACCUGUCACAUGUGAAUAAUAAGAGUGCAUUCCUGUGUGGCGUGAUCAAGACGUACAGACAGAAGAGCAGAAUGAAGCAGUCACAGGGUGGUCAGGAACCCAAGGGCCCAGAUGAAGCUAAAAUUAAGGAAAUCCUUGCCAGAACAGGUUACUCACUAGAUGUCACUACAGGUCAGAGGAAAUACAGUCGUCCCAAGCCUGAAGACUGUGAAACAUUACCCCCUCCAAUUCAAGGUUCAGAGAUCUUUGUUGGGAAGAUCCCUAAGGAGAUGUACGAGGAUGAGAUCAUCCCUCUCCUGGAGCAGUGUGGUGAGGUACAUGAUCUCAGGUUAAUGAUGGACCCACUCACAGGACAGAACAGGGGCUAUGCCUUCGCAGCAUUCACCUCUAUCGAGGGUGCCAGGGAAGCUGUCAAACAGCUCAAUGGACACAAAAUUAAAGACAACUGGCAACUCAGUGUAAACGUAUCAGUACCAAAGAGCAGGCUCUACGUCGGCUCCAUCCCUAAGAACAAGACAAAAGAUGAGAUCUUGGAAGAGUUCGCCAAAGUUGAAAAGGGUCUUCUGGAUGUCAUCAUCUACAAGACAGAGGACAAGAUGCGCAACCGUGGUUUUGCCUUCCUGGAGUUCGACUCCCACAAAGCAGCUGCCAGUGCCAAGAGGAAACUAGCUUCAGGUAGAAUCAAGGUCUGGAAUCAAAUCAAUGUCAACGUAGACUGGGCUGAUCCGGUCAUCGAGCCAGACUCUGACACCAUGUCCAAGGUAAAAGUGGUGUACAUCAGGAAUCUCUCCACGGAAACCACAGAAGUCAAGAUCAAGGAAGACUUCGGCCAGUAUGGUGAGGUGGAGAAAGCCAAGAAGAUGAAGGAUUAUUGCUUUGUUCACUUCAAGGAAAGGGAUGCUGCUGUCAAGGCGAUAGAGGAGAUGAACGGAAAGGAGUAUGAAGGAACGACCAUAGAAGUAUCUCUUGCCAAACCACCCAUGGAAAACAAGAAGAAGAAGGAGAGGAUCAUGAGGCAGCAAGGAGGAGGCAGCUUUGGCUUUGAAGGGUAUCAGCCUCGUGGUCGUGGUGGCCCACCAAUGCGCGGUGGUCGUGGAGGUGGUGGAUAUGGUGGUGGUGGAGGAGGAGACCGCUACAACAGGGACUUUGGUGGCUACGGAGGUUACGAUGACUACUUCUACGAGGGCUACGGUGGCGGAUACGGAGGUCGCUAUGAGGGAGACGAUUACGGCUACGGGUAUGGCGACUAUGAUGGUUACUACGGCGGUGGAGGGGGAUACGGACGCGGUGGACGUGGGAUGAGGUCGAGAGGAAGGGGCAUGGGAAUGCGAGGAGGACCCAAUACACAGAGGGGUUUUUUACGGGGAGGCGGGGCCCGAGGUGGCCCCAGGGGAGGGCGCGGUGGUCCCAGGGGGGGACGUGGUAACCGAGGUGGGCGUGGUAACAGGGGAGGUAACAUGGGUGGCAAGAGGAAAUUAGAGGGACAAUCUAUGGGGGACCCAAAGCGACGCAACACCCAGUCUGCGUGGGGAACGCAGCCCAUCGCCCAGCAGCCUCUUGAUCAGGGAUAUGGCUAUGACUCCUACAACUCCUACAAUGACCAAUGGUCAUCAGACAAUUACGGAGGUAACCAGUGGAAGUAGAUGACCACAUCUACAGGACAUUGACCAUAAAGCGAAUGUCCACUGGAAAGGGUGGAUGAGACCUGUCUUCGCUCCUUGAUAUCAUCAGUACAGGUAAAAUCACACAACGGGCUGGGAACAUGGACUUUGUCUAUUGUAAAUAAUCAACUAGAAUAUACCUCUCUAAGGAUGCUCAUUCAUAAAGUGCCCAAUUGUUUUAAACUUAUUCAAUUAUUACUUUGCAAAUUAACUAUAAAGGCACAUGCACGUUCAAUAUUUUAAAUAGAUUGAGAAAAUGAAAUCGUCAUGAUACUGGAGUUUGUUAUCAAGUAAUUUUGUCCCAUUUUUGGAUGGUUAUGAAAUGUGAUGUAUGUAUAGGAUAGUUUGUCCACUAUAAAAAUGGAUAUUGGAAAAUGGAAAAUUAUGGCGAAAAAAAAGUUUGGUUUUCAAAAGUAUUGGGUCUUUUUAAUUAAUGUGUCUAACGUGUAACUUUGUUAACUUUGUCUAGAAUUUUGUACAUAUAAACCAUUCUGGAACAUAUGUGCACCGUUACUGUUGGUGUUGAAAAUAUUUGAAGAGAUAUGUUUCUUUUUGCGGAGCAAAGAGACGACAUUGAUAUGCAGUAUUCAUCUAUCAGUGAUGUAAGCAGGUUUGAUGUCUCCUGGCGUUUUUAGGAGAAGAGAUAUUUUUACACUAGAGACUCAAUUAUGCUUUGUACAUUUCUUUCGGUGUUGCACUGUGUACAGAUAAAAGCAUAUUUCAUGUUCGUGAGUAGUGGUAAUACAAAAGGGGCUAGCUAGUUACAUUGGUGUUCAGUGCAAAAUGUUUCAAUUUGGAUAAAUAUGGUUUUAAAUUUUCACGUCUGUUUUUAUCAAAUAUGUUUACCACUCGUACUUUACAGCAGCAAAAAAUCAUGUUUCUUCGUCCUGUCUGAAAAUUGUGACUUUUUGUGUAGAUAUCCCUUGUUUUGGCAAAAACAAUUAUGUAGUAGUCUAAUUCUUAAGUUUUGAUAUUCAUUAAAAGUUGACCAUGUACAGAAUUUACCAAA